UUGCUCAAGGUGAAGCUGCUCAAUGCCACCGCUCACAAGACCUUCCACACCCAGCUCUACACGUGCGCCGUAGAAUUCGACUUCCUGCCGCUCUCCACGUGGGUGGAGUUGACGCGAACAGGUCUGCUACCUGGUGCUCUGGUCGCUGUCCUCGUCGCCCUAUUGGAGAUGCUCUGGAGACCGUCCAAGUCGUCGAAGUUCGGCGGCGGCGGUGGCGGCGCUGGCGGUGCGUCCGCUCACGGCGACGUCUGCUCCACCACCGAACAACGCGUCAUCCACUCGGCCAAAUCCCAAUCAAUCCAACAUCAGAUCAUGCUUGCCAGAGAGACUUCCCUCCUCAUCACCCAUGUUGUUACCAACUUCGUCAUAAUCCAGUUAUUUUCGUUCGGCGUGCUCGCCAGUUUGGUGAUGCGAUUGAAGCUGUUUUUCACGCCCCAACUGUGCCUAACCCUUGCCAUUCUCGCCCAACCGCGUCUCUUCUUUGGCUCGCAAAAGCUCCUCCUUCUGGUGCAACGCUGGAAGACGGACAAUCGCCAGCCGGUCGGUCAGAAGAGGGGCGGCGAUGACGUGAGGCCGGUGCAGCACCCCGUCUCCUCGGCCGCGAUUUCGUGGAAGAAGUUGCUCAUUGUGCAUUCGGUCUUCGUUGGCGCCAUUUCUGCCUCGGCUCAUCGCGGAAUGCACAACUUGCUGGUAGAGUGGAGCAAACGGGGCCAGUUUUCUGACUUCACCACGGAAACCAUGUUACAGUGGGCCGCGAGGCUGCCCAAUCGGACUGACGGAAGGCCGUGGGUCUUCACCGGAGCCAUGCCCACCAUGGCGACCCUCCGACUGGGUUUGGUGGUGCCGAAUGCGCCUGGCAAGUUCGCCGUAACUAAUCACCCGCACUACGAGAACGCGGGGAUUCGACUGCGCACUGAGUUGGCCUACGCAGUGUGCAGUAGGAAACCUGCUGAAGCCGUGUGGGCUAUCUACCGACGCAUACUCAAGGCAGAUUUUGUUGUGAUCGAGCGUGCCUGGUGUCUGAGUGCAGGUGCGAAGCCUGGAUGUGCGUCUGUGGAGCUCUGGGAUACUCUUGACCCGGGAUUGGCAGAUCGGGCUAGCGGACCUCUGUGUGCGGAUUCGUUUGACCGAGCAGGACCCUCUAAUUUGACUUUGCGCUACUUCAGGCCUGUCUUUGUCGCAACGGACCAAUCUCUGGUUGUGUGGCGGGUGUCACCCUAG